AUGUGGGAGGGGUCAACUGCCAAAACAUUCCCCCUGCUCCCCAACACUCAGUCUGAGCAACUCCUGAUUCACUGACUGCAGAACAACGGUGGACACAUUCACUUUUCCUGCAGUCCUAUAUUUUGAUUGAGGAAGCAAAAAAAACAAAAACGUUUGGUGUUCAAGAACAUGGCAUCUCUGAAAACUGUGCUCUAUCUGGAAAUCUGUCUGAACGCUUGGAUGAUCACAACUGCAGAGAAGGACUUGGUUCCAAAAGCAGAGAACGUUCGCUGGUUUUCAUUGGACUUUAAGACCAUCCUCACCUGGACUACCAAAGCAAGUCCUGACUACACAUUCUCUGUGCUGUACUCCAGUGACGACGGUGACUGGCUCGAAUGCUAUGACUGCAGCCAAGUGUCAGAGAUGGAAUGUGACAUGACCAACUCCCUCAGGCCGUUCGACAGGACAUACUCUGCUGACAUUCAAACAGAACAUGUUACCAUGGACUAUAACAGCGACCCGGAGGAGUUAACUCACACGUACUCCGCAAAGUUCAACCCCCACAAGCAGAGUAACAUCAGUGCUGUGAAAUUCACCGUGUCAGCUAAAGAUGAGCGCACAGUCAUUGUCAACAUCACAGAUCCUCUCACCAGCAUCCAUGACUAUGGGAAGCAGCUCACCAUCAGAGACAUCCUGAAAAAUGACCUCAAGUACAAGAUCAGCUACUACAAGUCUGGAAGCACAGGCAAGAGAGACGUCAUAUCUAACUCGAGUGUGGCAGAGGUGUCACAGCUGGACGCAGGAGAGAGUUACUGUUUCAUGGUCGCAGCUUUCAUCCCAUCCAGACCGAAAAGCACCCAGCAAGGAGCUUGGAGUAAACAGCUGUGUAAUCAUGUACCCAGAACUGUCCUGCAAGAGCUGAGCGUUGGAGCGUGGGUCGGUGCCGUGUUCAUCGUGCUGACCGUUGUCAUCAUCAUCGUCACUGUGACGGUGCUCUGCUGCAAAAGACGCAAACAGAGGAACAAAGCCCCCUACACAGCUCAGUUAUCAGCACCUGCUUAGUGUGUGUAUGUGUGUGUGUGUGUGUGUGUGCGUGUGUGUGCAUGUGUGUGCAUGUGUGUUAGUGUGUAAGUGUGUUUUUAGGUGUUCUUUUUAAUAUAUCUCCUGGACCUUUUUUAUAGGAACGUUUUUUACUAGUGUAUUUGGCCCUAAAUAGAGCUUACUUUGACAGUGAGUGUUCAGAUUAGCUGUGAUGUCGCUAUAAAACUACUACCCUUUAUGUUAUAUCUACCUUUUCAGCACUGCUUCUACAUGUUUAUUUUUGAAUAUUGUGUCUGGACCCACAAUCGUCGGAGCAUCAUCAUCAUGUACAUGUACAUGUACAGCAUGACCUUGUUUUCCAACAACUAAACUGCAUUCUCACUGAUGUUUCAAGGACACGUCAUAAUAGUGACGUAGUAUUUCACGUUGCAGACCACCUCAUUUGUGAAAUACUUUUUCUUUCUUUAUUUAUUUCCUUGCCCAAACACCCAACUACAAAGGUUUAUCGUCACUCCCAUUUCCUAAAUUCAGCCAAAGGUGCCUCAAAAAAACAGCAUCAUGUCUGAAUCAUUUUCAGAAGUUUCAGAACAACUUUAUGAGACAUGGUUGAGAAUUCAGUUUAAUCAUGUGGGAAUGUAAUAUCUUUAGAGAAAAGGUUGCACAUGUUCAUCACAAGCAGGCUUGAUUCAAUGCCAGACUGCAUGUAUACAGUAUAUGUCACAUCUUCGUCCACAAAUCUUACCUCAUGUUCGUUUUUUCUAAACAUGCUUGUCCUCAUAUUCCACUGUGACUAAAGGUAUAUCACUACAGAUGUAAUAUAACAAAUAACCACUACGAGAACUUGUCUUGAGCCAUCAAACCACAACUAUGUUAGCUUAUAAUGCAUAUGUAAUUGUUGUUGCUCAGAAAAACAAUCAUACAUUUACUUACUUCUGUCCUCACACGGUAAUUCAUUAUAUCUGAAGUUCUGAGGGAGGGGGGCACACCUCUGUCUGCAGCAAAGAUUUCCCCCACACUGCAGCUGAUCAUGUAACUCGUCCAAGAAAACAAAUCUUUUCAUGUGCUAUCAUUCCAUUGUGGUGUUCCUUGCUUGUGAUUUUAGUGUGCGUAGUUUGUCUCACAACAGUCACUUUUGUUGGUUAAAAGGAUGACAACGUAAUAAAACACGAGACACGUUCA